CACUCCACAGUGGAUUCAUCUGUCUGUCUCUGUAGGGUCCAGCCCUACAGGGUCCCAUGAGUCCUUUUCUCUGGUGUGGAAACGAGAAACUGGAAAUAAAAGACAAAGAUAGAGAAAACAGAGUUUGGGCCCAGGGGUCCACUGCCCACCAAAGCACAGAGUCCUGCAGUGGCGCGUGCCGGACACUCUGAUUUUACUGAGUACAAAGCAGGGGAAGGCAGGUAGGAUGAGGUCAUGGUGGUCAGUGACAGGGUCAGGUAAAUCAUGUGUCUCGGAGACAGGGCCCAAGACUUUGAAGAAGGCGAAGUGAGGAGAAAACCUACGGCGUCAGUACCUUUUUCAUACUUGUCAAGAAAUAACAAGGUCACUAAGAUUUGUGUUACUAUCUCCAAUAGAACCCAGUCUUCAGGCUAAAAGAAAAAAAAAAAAACGGAAGGAAAAAAAAAUUGGUGUUACUAUUACUAAUUCUUCAAAGGAAAAGAGGAACCAGGUGCAGAAGCGGAACUUGAAAGUAGACAUGGAACGUGACGGCUGAAACACAGCACCACAUAGAGACAAUGAAGUCUCCGGAUGUCUGUGGGUCCCCCUGACAGCUGUCAGGCUUACCGCAAGAGCUUGGGAGAGCAGAGUUUUCUCCUCACUCCUUCGAGGAAGGAGACGUCUUGGCCAUCUUGGAUAUCUCCUUCCACUGGCUAAACAGUGGGCGCUUUCACAGCACUGACACUGACACAGCUGAGGUGCCCUCCAGCAGCCCUUAUGCGGGUGCGACAGUGAGCUUAGAGCAUCUUGCCUUAGGGUCACCUCUUUUCCAACGCCACUUCAGUGCCAUACUUCUUGACCUGAGACUUGAUACCUCUUCCAAAUGCAUGAUGAAGACGUUCCCAUCAACAGGGCCGGGCAAUACAGAAACGUUCCACAUGGGAACACUGGAAACACACCAAAGUCAUCACGGUGGAGAGUUUUGCUUUCAGGAAAUUGAGAAAGAUAUUCAUGACUUUGAGUUUCAGUGGCAAGAACAUGAAAGAAAUACCCAUGAAGCACCCAGGACAAAAAUCAAAAAGUUGACUAGUAAUACAGAGCAAUAUGAUGAAAGGCAGGCUGGAAACAAGCCCGAAAAAGGUCAGCUGGGAUUAAGCUUUCAUUCCCAUCUGCCUGAACAGCAAGUAUUUCCGACCAAAAGGAAAGUUGGUAAUGAAGUUGAGAAGUCUAUCAAUGAUGCUUCCUUGGUUUCAGCAUUCCCAAUAAUUUUUUGUGGGCCCCAAACCCACCUUUCUAAUAACUAUGACAACAAUUUCCUCCAUUCUUCACUACUCACACAAGAACGGGAAGUACACAUGAGAGAAAAACCUUUCCAAUGUCAUGAGAGUGGCAAAGCCCUUAUUUGUAGCUCUCUCUUAAGGAAACAUCAGAUAAUCCAUUUAGAAGAGAAACAAUAUGAAUGCGAUGUGUGUGGAAAAGUCUUUAAUCAGAAUCGAUACCUUGCACGCCAUUGUAGACUUCAUACUGGGGAGAAACCUUACAAGUGUAAUGAGUGUGGCAGGACUUUCAGUCAGGCGUCAUACCUUACCUGCCAUCGUAGACUUCAUACUGGAGAGAGACCUUACAGGUGUAAUGAGUGUGGCAAGGCCUUCAGUCACCCAUCAUCCUUUGUAGGCCAUCGUAGACUUCAUACUGGAGAGACACCUUACAAGUCUCAUGUGUGUGGCAAGACCUUCAAUUACUCAUCAUCCCUUGGACGCCAUAGUAAUCUUCAUACAGGAGAGAAACCUUACAAGUGUAAUGAGUGUGGCAAGACCUUCAAUUACCCGUCAUCCCUUGGACGCCAUAGUAGUCUUCAUACAGGAGAGAAACCUUACAAGUGAAAUGAGUGUGGCAAGACCUUCAUUCAGAUGGUAUCCCUUGUAUACCAUGGUAGACUUCAUACUGCAGAGAAACCUUACAAGUGUAAUGAAUGUGGUGAGUUUUUUAAUCAUGAAUCAAAGCUUGCACGUCAUCACAGAUUUCAUACUGGAUAGUAACCUUACAGAUGUUAAGAAUGUGACAAAGUUUUCAGUCCCAAAUUACACCUGGAAAGACACAGGAGAAUUCAUACUGGAAAGAAACGGUACAAAUGUAAGGUUUGUGACAAGGCCUUUGGGUGUGAAUCACACUAGAGAGAACCUUCCCGGUGUACCGAGUGUGGCCAGGCCUUUAGUGGACAGUCAGCACUCACCAUCAGGCAGUCCACGGUAUAGGGAAGCUUUACUAAUGUAAAGAUUCUCACAACCAUUGCAAAUCAUUGGAAAAUCCAUAAUGAGAGAUCUUACAAGUGUAAUAAAUAUGGCAGAUUGUUCAGACAUCAUUCAUACCUUGCAGUGUAUAGGCCAACUCAUGCUGGAGAGAAAGCUUACAAAUGUCAUGAUUGUGGCAAGAUCUUGAGUCAAGCUUUAUCUUACACAAAUGAUAGGAGACUUCAUACAGGAGAGAAGUGUGAUGAUUGUGGCAAAGCCUUUACUUCAUGUUCACAACUCAUUGGACAUCAGAGAAUCCAUAUUGGGCAGAAAUCUUACAAAUGUCUCUUAAGUGUGGCAAAGUCUUCAGUUCGGGCUUACUCCUUACGGCACAUCAGAAACUUCAUUUCUGAGAUAAUGUACCAAAUGCAAUGAGUCUAGCAAACCAUCAAACAUUAAGUGAUGUUAGAGUCAAUUCAGCAUCGACUUGAGUUUGAGUUGACUUAACAUUGAGUUCCAGCAUUAAUUGACAUUAAAGUGUUUAUGUUAAGAGGAUUGGGCCAGGUAGCUCACACCUGUAAUCCCAGCACCUUGAGGGGCCUAAAAGGUUAGAUUGCUUAAGGUCAGGAGUUUGAGACCAGCCUGGCUAAUAGACGUGAGCUGCUUUGCCAAGCCUGUUUCUUUGUUUAACAGAAAUAGAUAGGGGGUUUUAUGGGUAUUGCACUGAAUCUAAACCACACUGGGGUAUACAGUCAUUUAACAAUAGUUUUCCCAUUUAUCAAUAUGGGUUGUAUCUCUAUAUAUGUAUUUUCUCUUUUUUUUUUUUUUUCCUGAGAUGGAAUCUCACUCUGUCACCCAGAUUGCCCCAGCUGGAGUAUAAUGGCGCUGUCUCAGCUCACUGCAGCCUCUGCCUGCCAGGUUCAAGCAAUUCUUUUGCUUCAGCCUUGUGAGUAGCUGGGAUUACAGGCAGGUACCACCGUGCCCAGCUGAUUUUUUUUUUUUUUUUUUUUUUUUUUUUUUGUAGUAGAAAUGAGGUUUCAUCAUGUUGGUCAGACUGGUUUAGAAUCCUGACCUCCUGAUCCACCCACCUAGGCCUCCCAAAGUGCUGGGAUUACAGGUGUCAGCCACUGCACCUGGUUGUAUUUAUAUAUGUUUUUAAUCUUUUUGAUCAGUGUUUGUAGAUUUCAAAGUACAAACUUCUCACCUUUUUAUGUUCAUUCCUAAGUAUUUCUUUUUUUUCCCUUUUUUUUUUUUUAAAUUGAGACAAAGACUUGCUCUGUUUUCCAGGCUGGAGUGCAAUGGCACAAUCUCGGCUCACUGCAAUGUCUGCCUCCCAGAUUCAAGCGAUUCUCCUGCCUCAGCGUUCCGAAUACCUGGAACUAGACGCACGCCAGCAUGCCCAGCUUAUUUUUGUACAUUUAGUAGAAACGGGAUAUCACCAUUUUAUCCAGGCUGGUCUUGAACUCCUGACCUCAUGAUCUGCCUGCCUCGGCCUACCAAAGUGGUGGGAUUACAGGCAUGAGCCACCACGCCCGACUUUAUCCUAAGUAUUUCUUUAAGUUUUUUAGCAAACGGAAGUGUUUUCUUAAUUUUCUUCUAAAAUUGUUUAUUGUUAAUCUAUGGAAAUUUAUUUUUUGAUGCUGAUAUUGUAUUCUGCAAAUACACUGAAUGUGUGAAUUAGUUCCAAUAGAAUUUGGUUGAUCUUCUAGAGAUGAUCGUCAUCUCCAAACAAAUAUAGUUGUACUUGUUUCUGA